AUGAACCGACCAGGAGUGGCCCCUCAAUCGCUGCGUGGUAUACCAGCAGGCUUUGGUGGCCAACAGCAGCAGCAGCAGCAGCAGCAGCAGCAGCAGCAACAACAACAACAACAACCUGGGAGGACGGUGUCAAACAGAUUACCAAAUGGCAAGAUAGGCAGUAAUGGAUCUGGCUGGGCCUUUGGAGGAGGAGUGCCCAUGGGAGGUGCUGGUCUGCAAAAUCAAGGCCGUCAACUUGGAGGAAACGUGAGCUUUGCACAGAGCUUAAGCGGGUCGCAACCGGCAACACCGCUGGACCUUUCCGAAUUUCCGUCUCUCUCCAACAACGCCCAUAUGAACACGAGCGGUCAAUCGAACAUGUGGUCAUCAACAGCAUCGCGGAACCUGGGCGGCGGUGGCGGCCCUGUACCGCGCAACCAGCAGUCGACGCCACUCUCGGCACAGAGCACGCAGGAUGAGUUGUUUCCCCCUACGUCGGCUCGCCAAGGCGCCUUCCGCUUCGGUGGCCAGAACAGUGGAGGCCCAGCCCCUCAGGCGCAAUCCAACCCGGUAGAUGACUUCCCGCCUCUGAACAGGAAUGCGAACGGUGAGAUUGGUGGCGAGCGUGGCGCCAACUUGAUGCCUUCUUUGGGCUUUGGCAACCAAGCGAGCCCCUCCCCCGCAGCGAUACCUCCUCCCCGAAGUGCAGGCGCAGGUAAUGGUCUGCUUAACGCGCUUUCUGCGAAUAGUAGACCAGAUGGCCGCUCCCCGUCAAUUGUCAGCGUACAGGACCUACCAAGAACACAAGACGGAUCUACCGAGAAGAGCAGUCUUCUCCGCGAAGAAACACCCGGUGACAGCUCAGCUCAAGCCGCCGAGAGCCGAAACCCCCUAGGAGCUAUCGGUAAUGACUCGGUCACCGGCAAGGCCAAGGAUGAGAACGAUGCCCAGUCCCCCGAGGUCCAGGAUCCGCUGGCAGGAAUGGCGCCCAUCGACAAGUUCGGCAUGAAGGGCCUGCGUGUUCUCAUGAACAACUACCCCAGCUACGGAGCGCUCAUGCAGGGGAUGGAUCCCAACGAGUUUGGUCUGAACGUCAACUCGUCAGAUCUCAUCUCGACGCAGAUUUACUCCCUCUUCGACGACACGCCGCCCCGUCCUGCGAUCCCCAGCGUUCGUCUGCCAGAGUGCUACAAAGUGACCAACGUCCAGCCCAUCGACACAAAGAUCCCGUCGUUCAACGAGGAGACUCUCUUUUGGAUCUUUUACAGUUGCACGCAGGAUAUCAAGCAGCACUUGGCUGCCGUCGAGCUACACAACAGAAACUGGCGGUGGCACAAGAAGUUGCACGUCUGGCUGACAAAGGAUGAGCUUAUGAUGCCCACCAACAUUGCCCCUCACCUCGAGCGUGGCUACUACAUCGUCUGGGACACCACCAAUUGGCGGAAAGAGCGGAGAGAGCUCACGCUCCACUACGGUGAUCUCGCGGCGAAUCUGGUACAACCGACCGCAUAG